AUGGCUCAAGGAACCCAACCGCCCAACCGAUAUUUUGAAUUGAUCAACUCGGUGGCUUCCAAUCCCAAGUGGAAGUGCUUGGUCUGUGGACGACAGAUGGGCGAAAUAGGCAUAGGGCCACAUUUGAUUUCCGCGCCUCACCUCGAAGCUGUUGCCCGUUACGAGGCUUGUCUAGCAGCCGAGAAUGCAGUGCUCCCCGGCCUCAACGACGACCCCCCUCUGUCCCCAACCGUACCUGCCUCUCAGGAAGAUAUGUUUGGUGACAAUGACCCAGCACCAGACACGGACACAACGAGACGACCUCCCUCGCCUUUUUCAUACCUCCGUGCGUUUCAACUUGCACAGGCCAAUCAACCUAGCGACUCGGAUGACUCCGACAAGGAAAUCGACGUCCACAAGGUACUCGAGGCUAUUCGAGCCAUGGACGACGACGACGACUGGGGUCCAAUGGACGAAGCCGCGGAUGAGGCCAUCCUGGAGGCUGAUAUGCGCAGUGGGCAGCUGUUAGAUUCUUCAGAGUGGUAUCCUUUUAAGAAGAAAGAGGAGCAAAUAGAAACUGAUUCGCUCCUUUCAUUUCCUCGGACAGCACGUUGUCGCACUCUUGAUCAUUGGCUCUACUCGAAGCAUUUUAUCACGGUCCCAAUACCAUCGAAUCCGCGCCAUAUUGCUGAUAUGCAAAGUGCACUUGCCUGA